GUUUAUAUACAUGAAAUAAGUAAUUUGUUAGUUUAAUGAUGUUUCUCACAAUAUAUGGAAUAUAUUGUAUAGUGGGUCUAGUUCAUAAUGUGGAAGGCCAGGAGGAGGAAUCAAUGGCAUGCAAAGAGAACUCAGAUUGCAACGAGGACCGUGGAUACUGCCACCCCAAAUCUAAAUUAUGCCUCUGCAAAAAUGGUGCCUCCACAUAUCCAGCUUGCAAUGGAGAACGAGGAAAUGGUUGCCAGCCUGAAUGUAGGGAUAACCAGUUUUGUGACUUGAAAACCAAAAUAUGCAUGUGUACUCUCGGGGGGUUUACCAAGAAUUGUAAUACUAAGAAAUGUCCUCCUUUUCGUAUGCUUAAUGGUUCUAAGUGUGAAUGUAUGUAUGGGACAGAAAAUGGAAGAUGUAGAAAAUGUAGACAGGAUUGUGGACAAUAUGCAACUUGUGAAAAACGAGGUAAAAAUGAUUACAAGUGUGUGUGUCAAAAUGGUGGGAGAGCUCCAAGAUGUAAACCAGAGCAACCCGAUAAUGUUGGAGAAUGGGAGAGCUGGGCAAGAUGGUCUUCAUGCUCUGAAACUUGUGGACGAAGAAGUGUAAAAACUAGGUCCAGAGAAUGCAAAGAAAUAGGAACAUGUCAAGGGGACUAUGAUCAAGAAAUUUCCUGUGAAUUAAGACCCUGUCGAACUCGUAAACCUCCUGUUAAUUGCGGUUGGUGUCAAUGGAGUCCUUGGACUGGUAGAUGCGGAUCAGCAUCAAGGGUGCGGGCUCCAAGUUGUCCACCUCCUAGGCGUGGAGGGGCACAGUGUGUAGGGCCCCCUGAAGAGAAAAGGGAUGGUGGAUUUGGUCAAGACUUUCAAUCUCAAGACUUUCAUAGAGGACGGGAUUGGAGUAAAAACUUAUUUGAUGUUACAUGCCCUGGUGGAUGUUUCGAAGUUGUAAAGGCUGUAUUUGAUUGUGAAGGAAGAAUGCCUACUGAAGAUGAAAUGCGAAGAGUGGCGGAGAUAUGCAAUGGAAAAGAAAGAUGUCAGUUUGUACCAGGACCACUUUUCUUUGGAAGAAACGUUAAUUGUGGUUGGAAUAAAUAUCCAGCAACUUGGGUUGACUGGAGAUGUAAUGGAAAUAAUAAUCAAAUGAUUAUUAAGCACAACUUCCAGGACCCACAACCGCCACCGCGACCGCAACCAAAACCAUUGGUAUUAUGGCCAUGGUGGGGAUAAAUAUCUCAUUUUACUAUCUAAAUUUGACACCAUCAAAAUUUGUAGUAUGUAUAAUCAAUUCGUCUAAUUUUAGAUGAAAAGUAAUAAAGCAAAUACUUUAAUCAUUUAAAAAUACACAAAUAAAAUAUCCUAAUUUGUA